AAACCAAUUUCCUUGUUUAUUGCAAAUUACAUAGACAUAACGUUUAUUUUUUUCACAUAAUAUUUAUAUAAUUUAUAAGAAAAAUCAACAUUUUUGUUUAAAAAAUAAAAUAAUAUUUUAUUCUUUGCAAUUAUAGGUACUAGGCAAGGAUAGAUUAUUAAUUCCCUAGUAGUUGAAGGUAUUGAAAUGAGUGUUGAUGAAAAUGUAUUAUUACUUCAAUCCAAAGUUAAUUUGGUACAAUAUGAAAAACCGAUAUUGAUAGCUAAUAAUAACCAAACUAAACAGGAAAAAAGUUCUGUUAAGAAUUAUGCUCAUUCAAUGGAAUCGGGUGAUGAUGGCGAAGAAUGCGAACGACAGAGUUGUGAUGACGUUUUGAAUAGCAUAUUACCGCCUAGAGAAUGGGAAAAGGACGGUAAAACGUUUCGUCAAUGUAUAUCCAAUAAACCAGCUACCGAAUUAAAUGUGAAAAAACUCAGUGAGAAGUUCGAUACAUAUUUGAGACAAUAUAAUGCUAAAGAAGUUGGGAUUUGCCCGAUUAAGCAGGAAUUAUACGGCCAAUGUUUCGAUGAAGUCAUUAGACAAGUAACGUUAAAUUGUACAGAACGGGGUCACAUGUUGAUUCAGAUUCGGAACGAAAUUCAGAUGACCAUUGAUGCCUAUAAAGAACUGUACGAAAGCGUAUUAGCUAAUGGAAUUCGAAAGUUAUUAAGGCGGGAACACAAAAAAUCCGAUUUAUCGAUAAAAGCGAAAAAGCUGAUUACUGAAAACGAAAAUUUAGAGAUCGAGCUGGCCGAAAUUAAUUUGAUGACAGAGAAACUUGAACGAGACGCGGCCGAACAGCGCGAUGCAGCGAUCAAACGCCAAGCCGAAGAGAUAGCAUCUUUGAGAAAAUCCAAUCAAUUAAUUAAAAUUCAAUUAGAGUCAAUCAUUUCACCGAAAAGAGUAUAAAACUAAAACAGUUGUUGCAGUAACAUCACCUACCUACAUGGUGCAUGGCACAUGAUAAGUAUAUGGUGUGUAGAAGAACAAGA